CGAUCACCUACCUCCUCCAGGACAUUUAUAUGCGCAGGCUCUUCCUCCCUUGCAAAAUAUCCACGGACUACGGUUAUUUACCUUUUUUCGUUUGUUGUACCUGAGCUCUCACACUGUCCAACCUCGAACACCAUCUUGUAUUCUCUGCACACCCCACCCUUUUUGCGACACGCAAUUCCGUAUUUUUUGUUUGUUGAUUAGGACUCGGGGCUGACCCAAGUAUCCACAUCCUUUCCCCCCAUCUCACCCUUCCCUCAUCACAUCCUUACUACAAAAGCACACUCUUUUCACAGCAAUUGUAGACAUUGCAUUCUCUUCAGACAUGACUGUUUCAGAACCUCGUUCAAUAGAUAUACUUUUGGCAGGGGAAUUCCCCCUGGCUGGGGAGGAGCAGCAGCUAUUGCGCGAGUGGAUAUCGGAGUGGAAGUUCGACGUGGGCCAGUUUAGUGAGCGCGCUCAGCCACUUGUGCGCGGCGACAUUGGGCGCCUAGAGCAUGACUAUCAGAAGCUGGUGGAUAAAUUCACUGCCGAGGGAAAGGCUCUGGAAGAAUCCAAAGAGUGUGCUACCGAGGCGUACGCCACUAUGUGCGAGACAAGGCUUCGUAUGCCGGCAAUGGAGGUGGUUGUCGCUGGUGCUCAGUACUAUGUGGGCAGGCGGCCACCGACGUAUCACCAGAGCACACCGUAUGCUGAACCCAGCCAUGUAAAGUGCCUCGAGUUUCUGCAUGGGAUUGGCGUUGCUGUCGAUGCCCAGGAUGUGGCCGGGUUCACAGCAUUUAUGCGGGCAGCGCAAACGUCACAAUCACGCUCAGAUCUGGCGCAGGCCUUACUGGAGAUGGGGGCCGAUGUCAACCACCGCUCGAGGUUCGGCGGCGUCGUGCUGCAUGAGGCGAUGAUGGCACAGGACAGAAAGGCAGUGGCAUUUCUGACUCGCAAUGGCGCGUCGAUGGAUAUCCAGGACAACGAUGGGGUUUCGCCUCGGGAUAUCGUGUCACUAAUCCUGUAGAAAUUAAACAACACAUCAAAUCAAGCAUUUGCACACGCGGUGACGCGAAGUUUUGCUGGCAGGAAACGCGCUGCUAGCUUUUUCUGUUUUGUCUCAAAUCGCGCAUUCUUAUAAAUUCAAUGGACGAAAU